AUGAAAUUCGCUGUUCUUGUCGUCGCUCUAUUGGGCGUGAAUGUGCUCACCGCCGAUGCAUUUAACCGUGUGCGCACGUACUUUGGGCCCGUGGCUCCACCGGGACUCGGGGAGCAGUGCGCGUGGGAGAACAGUUCUCGACCGUGCGCGGGAGAUUUGAUUUGCAAAUGGAAUGAAUCGCUACACAUUGGCAUUUGCGAGGAAGAAGUCGCGCCCCCUACGACCAAGAAGUCUAUUGGCUUCUUUAGCUGCUUGGGAGGUAAAUAA